AUGCUUUCAUCAUCCCAAGUUCUGAAGCGGAGCGGAUACCAGCAGACUCUUCGUGUCGUUUCUUGUGCUCGGACUCAGCUGCGCUCUGCUUCUCAUUCUUCUAAAACCGAUGCUUCUAUUGCACGUAUUCUCGCCGAGAAGAAGCUGAACAAUCGCGUUCAAAAUGUACCGCUACACCUUCUUCCAACUUCGGAAUCCAAAACUGGCUCGUCACUAAGCUCUCUUGUUAAUUCAUCAUUUGUCUCGUCUUUGAAUAACCAAAACAGCUUGAAGAUCCUCGCCAAUAGUGAUAAUAGUGAUAACUCGCCACCCAAAGGACCCCCCACAGAUACCCCAGCUAAGCCUAAGCGUGAACGCAAGAAGAACGAUGAUAACUCGUCCGAAAAAUCCAAGGAUGAAAAGACACCUGUUACAGGUGGAAAGGAGCCUUCUAACGAGACACCCGAUGCGGGUCAUUCAUCUUCUUCCGCCACCAAAAGUUCAAAAUCAAAUGAAUCUUCUAAAAAGAAGGAUUCAAACAAGUCAUCAUCUAAUAACAAGCCUGAGAAUACCGCCUCUGCUUCCUCCGCUUCUUCUGAACCCACUCACCACCGCAGACCCAUCAACGCCACCGAUCCCACUCGAACAAACACCGAAGCUCUUUUCUCAGUAGCCUCUGCUGCUGAAAAAAAGCAGGUCUUAAUUUUACCUAUUAACCGACGUCCUUUAAUACCUGGCUUCCACAAAGCUGUUGACGUAAAGGAUAAGAAUGUCAUUAAAGCUCUCAAGAAAAUUCUCAAGGAAGAUCUUGAUGAUAAAUGCAUCGGUGUCUUUUUAUUAAAGGAGGAAAAGGCCGAUACAGAUGUCAUUAAUUCUCUUGACGAAGUUUAUCCUGUUGGUGUUUAUGCCCGCAUAGGUGGAUCUUUCCCUGGCAAAAGUCCUGAUGGUGGCGAAACUUUCAUUUUGUAUCCCACUCACAGAAUCCAGAUUGGUGACCUUGUUGAUGCCAAAAAUGGAAAUAGCGAAGCUGCCCAAAUUUCAACCGCAUCUGUUUCUGAGCUUCCUUCUGAAGGUGAGCUUGAGCAUGAAUCAGAAGUUGAGAUUGAACCUGCUGCUUCAACACCUGAUUCUGAUGUUACCAGCUUUGAGCGAGAUACACUUUCCGAAGGUGACAAGGCACACCAAGAGCUUUACAGUAUUCCUGCUUCAUGGAGCAAAAAUAUGCUUGAUCUGGAGGAUCUUCCUUAUGACCACCACUCUGAUAUGAUCAAGGCUCUGACAGGUGAGAUUCUCAAGAUUCUUAAGGAGCUUUCUGUUUUAAACAGGCCCCUUAAAGACCAAGUUGUGAAUCUUGUUCUUGCUGGAAACAAGUUUUCUUCUUCCAAUGUAUACGAGGAACCUCACAUUCUUGCUGAUUUUGCUGCCUCUGUUUCUGCUGGCCGUGCCAGUGAGAUUCAGGAUGUUCUGGCUUGCUUAGAUAUUGAGGAGCGUCUGCAAAAGGCUCUUGUUUUGAUUAAGCGUGAGCUUAUCAACAUUCAGCUUCAGGAAAAGAUUAGUGCGGAUGUUGAUAACAAGAUCCAAAAACGCCAGCGUGAGUAUUUUUUGAUGGAGCAACUAAAGGGGAUCAAGCGUGAGCUUGGCAUGGAUGAUGGCCGUGAACGCAUCAUUCAAACUUUCCGUGAACGCGCUGAAAAGCUCACAAUGCCUGAAAGCGUGUCUAAGGUUUUUGAAGAUGAAAUUAAUAAGCUUAUGACUUUGGAGCCCAAUGCAGCGGAAUACAACGUGACCCGUCAGUACCUUGAUUGGAUUACUCAAGUUCCUUGGGGUAAGUAUUCUAAGGAUUCUUACAACAUUAAAAACGCUAUGAAAAUUCUUGAUGAAGAUCACUAUGGUCUUAAGGACGUUAAGGACCGCAUUCUUGAAUUUAUUGCCGUUGGUAAACUCCUUGGCACUGUCGACGGCAAAAUCAUUUGUUUUGUUGGACCACCUGGCGUUGGUAAGACCUCUGUCGCAAAGUCUAUCGCAAAGUCCUUGAAUAGAAAAUUUUACAGAUUUAGCAUUGGUGGUGUUUCUGAUGUUUCUGAGCUAAAGGGUCAUCGUCGUACUUAUGUCGGCGCCCUUCCUGGUCGCAUUGUUCAAGCUUUGAAAAAGACUCAGACUCAAAACCCACUCAUCUUGAUUGAUGAGAUUGAUAAGAUUGGCCGUGCUGGCUAUCACGGCGAUCCUUCUGCUGCACUUCUUGAGCUGUUGGAUCCUGAACAAAACUCAUCUUUCCUUGAUCAUUACAUGGAUGUUCCCAUUGAUAUGUCCAAGACUCUCUUUGUAUGUACCGCCAACUCUCUCGACACCAUUCCAGGUCCUCUACUUGACAGAAUGGAGGUUAUUGAAAUCUCCGGCUAUGUUGCUGAGGAGAAAAUUGCUAUCGCCGAAAGAUACCUUGCCCCUCAAGCCAAGAAGCUUGCUGGUCUUGAGGAUGCACAUGUCACUCUCACUCAUGAGGCUAUUCAGGGAAUUAUUUCCAAGUAUGCUCGCGAGAGUGGUGUUAGAAAUCUCAAGAAACAGAUUGAAAAGAUUUACAGAAAGGCUGCGCUUAAUAUCAUUAAGGAUGUUGGUGAAGACAAUUUUGUUGAAGAGAAUGUUGAAGAACAGCCUGAGGCCAAGACCGAAUCUGCUACUGCUAAAAAUGAGGGCACUGAGGAAGUUGCUACUGAACUCGAGUCUGCUGUAGCGCCUGAAUCUGAAUCGAAAGAACAAACUUCUGCUGAGACUAACUCCGACAAGGUUAUUGUUGACGAAGAGCCUCAGAAAAUUUCGCAGCAUAAACCUCUUAAGGUUCCUGAUAGCAUAUCUAUUGAAAUUGCACCUAACGAUCUCAAAGAUUACAUUGGGCCCCCACUUUACACUGAGGACCGCAUGUACGAGAAGACUCCUAUUGGUGUUGUAAUGGGUCUUGGUGUUACCAGCAUGGGCGGCAGCACUUUAUACGUUGAGUCUGUUUUGGAGCAGCCUCUGACAAUUGAUUCUCAUUCUGGUAUGUCACAAACGGGUCAGUUAGGUUCCACUAUGAAGGAAUCUUCAAGCAUUGCUUACUCAUUUGCUCGCAUGUUUAUUGGCAAGAACUUCCCAGAAAAUCGCUUCUUUGAGCGGGCUAAGAUUCAUCUGCAUUGCCCUGAGGGAGCUAUCCCCAAGGAUGGCCCAUCAGCUGGUAUUACUAUGGCUACAAGUUUGUUGUCCCUUGCUUUAAAUGAGGCUUUACCACCGACUAUUGCUAUGACUGGUGAGUUGACUCUUACGGGUAAGGUUUUGCGCAUUGGUGGUCUGCGGGAAAAGUCUGUUGCUGCUAAGCGCUCUGGUGCCACCACCAUCUUCUUCCCCAAGGAUAAUCUUGCUGAUUGGGAGGCUAUGCCCGAUAACAUUAAGGAGGGUCUUGAGCCUGUUCCUGUUGCGUGGUACGGUGAGGUAUUUGAGCGGGCUUUUUCCAACCUGGACCACAAGGCUGCUAAUCAGCUCUGGAAGACCCAGUUUGAGAAGAUCGAUAUGGCAAAGCAUGAUAUUUCCUCGUCCCCAUCUUCUGCUACUGUUUCGGCCACUGCCUGA